AUGCCUUCUUCUUCGUUAGACUUCAACAGCAAAUCCUUGCGUGGUGCAGCAAAUCUGGGCAACUUCAGGCAACUCCAACGACCUCAGGCAGCUCCGACUUCAGGCAGCUCCGACUACAGGCAACGUAUUGGAGUUGGCUGGGAAUGCAGCAAGGAUAACAAGAAGAAUUGCAUAGUGCCAAGGCACAUUCAGCUUGGAGUGAGGAAUGAUGAGGAGCUUGGCAGGUUUUUGUGUGGAUUCCAUUUUCCAAAUUAG